UAAACAAAUGGUUACCUAAAACCGUUUAACUGGGGUGUCUUUUCAUGAGUCACCUUAGUUUAAGGAAGUUAAACUAAGUGUCAAAACAUUGUGUGGGAAGUGUCAAAAUAUUUGUGGUAGUACUUAUUCUUUAGCUAUGAUGUUUCUCAGAUGAAGAUAAAAAAAGUGACCAUGAGCUCACAGAACAGGAAACUAGCGCUACUGAUCGGAAAUUUCAGUGAUAUGAAAAGAACGUGUUAGUGUCAGAGCUGGACGUUACGAAGCAACACUCUGUGCUUGUUUGUGAACUUUUAACAUUAAUAAUGACAAAAGUUUUAGGUUUUAUUUUAGUGAUGAAUGCACUUCUCUGCUGCAGACAUGCUGAAGGCGCAAUUCUGACUAUUGAUCCCAACUGGUCGACUUUUCAUCCUGGAGAGAGCGUGACGUUCAUUUGUGACAUGAAUGAAGGCAAAGACACCGACUGGGAAUAUGAGAUAAAAAAAAAUGGAGAACAAUUUCUUCGCUCCAACCCGUACAAAAGCUUCACAUUACUACCUAUCCAAAUCGAUCACAGUGAUGAAUACCAGUGUUGUGGACUCAGGAAGAGCUCUGGUGAUACCAAGUGCAGUGAUACUGUCUCUUUAACUGUUACUGCUCAACCCAAACCCACACUGACUGCAGGUCCUACAACCAUACCAGUAGGGGGCAGUGUGACACUGAGCUGCUCUCUGCCCUCUGCUGGAUGGAAAUACAAAUGGUACAUAAGGACCAAAAACACACCUGAAGUUCAACUCACUGAUGAAGAAAACAGAGAUAUUAAUGUAGCACAAGCAGGAAUAUACCGAUGUCUGGGAAUGAGAGGAAAUGAAAACUAUCAAAGUCUUGUAAGUGACGAAGUCAGCAUCACAAUAAGCUUUUCCAACAAGGUUGUUGUGACUCGACAACCAAACUGGCCUCAGAUGUUCAGUGGUGAGUCGAUCACUCUGACAUGUGAGGUCCAGGGAGGAGAAACCACUGAUUGGACGUGUGAAUGGAGGAGAGAUGGGAAAACUGUAAAAAUGGGAAAUGAUAAACAUCUGACUGUCAAUGUUAAUGAGUCCAGUAGUGAAGAGUACAUGUGUCAGUGUAGACGCAGAGACGACUGGCAUUCUGUGACAAAGUGGAGUGAAAAGAUCCCAGUGUCUGUGUCAGUAACAGUGUCCACUCCUGUCAGCUCUUCAUCUGAUGUCCUUAUGAUCAUCGGACCUGUCGGUGGAAUCCUCCUGGUUCUUCUUCUGGUGUUACUGUGGUACUACAGGCGGUCCAAAGAUUUACGCUGCCGCUGGUGGAAGCUGUUAAAAAUCAGCUGCGGAGUAAAUAAUGGAUUCAACAAGAAUGACACCAAUGAGAGCAGCUCUCCUCUGCAUGGUGACGAUCAUAUCUACGAGUCGGUCAACUUCUCAGACUCCAGUGGAAAUGUGGCAGACAAACCCAGAGAUGCAACCUACUCUCUCAUUGAACUGAAAAACUUUGGGAAAGAGAGUAUCCCAAAUGAACCAGUAGAGGGCGCUGUUUACUAUCGUCUGGAAUCAGGAAUGAAAGGUAGGGGGCGCCCUGGAGCAAAAGAAGAGGCUGUUUAUUCAGAAAUCAACUCAGGACCAGAGAACAAUAACACCAGAUCCUGUUUCAGACGGCUCCAUUUCUCUAGAGACGUUGCAGAGGCAGCAUGUUAUGAAAGGAAGAUUAUUGGACCAAAGCAGAGCAACACAUGGUUCCAGGUUGAGGUCAGGAUGGGGAACACCUCACCCAGGGUUCUGGUCUCACUCUUGCUGAACACACUGCUCUGCUGUGGACAAACUCUCGUUAUAGAUCCUGUGCUGACUGUUGAACCCAACUGGUCGACUUUUUAUGCUGGAGAGUUUGUUACAUUUAUCUGUGACAUGAAUGAAGGAAGAGACACUGACUGGCAAUACCGGUUAAUAAGGAAUAAUCAAGAAAUUUAUCUCUAUCAGUCAGAUAAACAUUUCAGAGUUGGUCCUCUGUUUACUGGUUAUAGUGGUGAAUUUCAUUGCUGUGGUAACUGGACGGGUUCAUGUGACUCAAAGUGCAGUAAAACUGUCACUGUUACUGUCUCAGACAGACCCAGAGCCACAUUGACAGCAGGUUCAACAACCAUACCAGUAGGGGGCAGUGUGACUCUGAGCUGCUCAGUGGAGCCCUCUGCUGGAUGGAAGUACAGAUGGUUCAGGCGGACCUCAGACACUUCUUUUGUUGAAUUCAGCAGAAAUAAUGAAGAAAACAGAGAAAUCACUGUGACACAAGGAGGAAUCUAUAAGUGUGAUGGAAAGAGAGGAAAUCCCUCAUUCUACAGUCAUUCAAGCCAUGAGAAGAUCAUUCAAAAAAUGUUUUCCAACAAGGUUUUUGUGACUCGACAACCAAACGGUUCUCAUAUCUUCAGUGGUGAGUCGAUCACUCUGACAUGUGAGGUCCAGGGAGGAGAAACCACUGAGUGGACGUGUGAAUGGAGGAGAUCUGGGUCAAUAAUACACUGGACACAAAGUAAAGACUGGACUUUCAUUGUCUCUGAGUCCAGCAGUGGAAACUACAUGUGUCAGUGUAGAAGCAGAGAUGACUGGUAUUCUUCAACACAGUGGAGUGAAACCAUCAGACUGUCUGUAUCAACUAAACCUGGAGCCAAACUGACAGCAGGUUCAACAACCAUACCAGUAGGGGGCAGUGUGACACUGAGCUGCUCAGUGGUGCCCUCUGCUGGAUGGAAGUACAGAUGGUUCAGACGGACCUCAGAUUCUUCUUUUGUUGAAUUCAGAAUAAAUAAUGAAGAAAACAGAGAAAUCACUGUGACACAAGGAGGAAUCUAUAAGUGUGAUGGAAAGAGAGGAAAUCCCUCAUUCUACAGUUAUUCAAGCCUUGAGAACAUCAUUGAAAUAAUGUUUUCCAACAAGGUUUUUGUGACUCAACAACCAAACGGUUCUCAGAUGUUCAGUGGUGAGUCGAUCACUCUGACAUGUGAGAUCCAGGGAGGAGAAACCACUGAGUGGACGUGUGAAUGGAAGAAAUCUGGGUCAAUAAUACACAAGACAGACAGUAAAGACUGGACUUUCAUUGUCUCUGAGUCCAGCAGUGGAAACUACAUAUGUCAGUGUAGAAUCAGAGAUGACUGGUAUUCUUCAACACAGUGGAGUGAAACCAUCACACUGUCUGUAUCAAGAGCUAAACCUGGAGCCAAACUGACAGCAAGUUCACCAACCAUACCAGAAGGGGGCAGUGUGACACUGAGCUGCUCAGUGGAGCCCUCUGCUGGAUGGAAGUACAGAUGGUUCAGACGGACCUCAGACACUUCUUUUGUUGAAUUCAGCAGAAAUAAUGAAGAAAACAGAGAAAUCACUGUGACACAAGGAGGAAUCUAUAAGUGUGAUGGAAAGAGAGGAAAUCCCUCAUUCUACAGUCAUUCAAGCCUUGAGAACAACAUUGAAAUAAUGUUUUCCAACAAGGUUUUUGUGACUCGACAACCAAACGGUUCUCAUAUCUUCAGUGGUGAGUCGAUCACUCUGACAUGUGAGGUCCAGGGAGGAGAAACCACUGAGUGGACGUGUGAAUGGAGGAGAUCUGGGUCAAUAAUACACAAGACACAAAGUAAAGACUGGACUUUCAUUGUCUCUGAGUCCAGCAGUGGAAACUACAUGUGUCAGUGUAGAAGCAGAGAUGACUGGUAUUCUUCAACACAGUGGAGUGAAACCAUAACAGUAACUGUAUCCAGUCCUGUCAUCUCUUCAUUUCCUGUGAUGUUGAUCGUUGGACCAGUUAGUGGAAUCGUUCUCAUUGUCCUCCUGCUCUUGUUGUGGCGCUGCAGACGGUCCAAAGAUUUGUGCUGCAUCAGGUCAUUUCAGUCUGAAAGCAGCAGCCAGAGGCCGACCACUAAUCAUGGAGUGAACCAGACUGAAAGUGAUUACAGCUUUCUGCUGCAUGGCACCACGUCUGUGUAUGAGACAAUCCAUAACCGUGGAGCCACUGGAAAAGAGAGACCUCCUGAUCCAGAAGAAGGUUCUGUUUACGUUAAUGUGAGACCAGAUAAUUACAGCUCAGCAUGAAGUGGGGGCGCUCUCAUGCCGCUGUGGGUCUGAUAGGGAUGACGAGUUUCCUGGCUCUGCGCAUGCGCGGCUCAGAAUAAAGGAGCUCUUGCCAGAGUAACAUUGUAUCAACUUGCUUCCUCUGAUCCACAGACGGCUCCAUUUCUCUAGAGACGUUGCAGAGGCAGCAUGUUAUGAAAGGAAGAUUAUUGGACCAAAGCAGAGCAACACAUGGUUCCAGGUUGAGGUCAGGAUGGGGAACACCUCACCCAGGGUUCUGGUCUCACUCUUGCUGAACACACUGCUCUGCUGUGGACAAACUCACUGUAACUUCUGUGAUCCUACAUGUGGAUAUUCAUUGCUUGGUCAGUUUACUGGUAUUAAAAUUGAUUCCACAAUCUGUAGAAAGAGUUAACAAGAUGAUCAAUGAGGUUGUUAACAUGGGCAACAAAUUAUGAUUUUAUUGUGUAUUUAUUAAAAUAAGACAUCAAACAAUGGAUUAAAGGAUCUGCGCUAAAGCAUAAAGCCUUAUUUAACAGUUUUACCCAAAUUGGCUUCUGUUAGGUGGACAGGAAGUGUCAGUUCUCCAUGGUGAAACACAAAAGAUUGAAGUUAGAGGUUUUAAAAUACAAAAAUAAAAACAGUUUUUUUAGGUUGUUUUGAUAAAUUCAGUGCAACUUGUGUCAAAACAAAAGAUAGAUAGCAUUUAUUGUCAUUGAACAGAAUUCAACGAAAUUUCCAUAGCAGCUCCCGUGCAAAAGGUCAAAUAUAUACAGUAUAAUGCAAAAAAUAUUCCUCCGACACACAGAAUGUCAUCAUCAGGCCUGGAAAUCAGCAUGAGAAAGCCUUCUCUGCUCGUGUCAGGCUUGUUGUGCAGCGAUGUCACUUCCUGUGUUUGAACGGUGCAGAUAAAAUGAACAAAAUGUUUGCUUUUGACAGCAUGUGCACCAACUUCUCUUUUUUGUAGUUUUUUUUAACUUAAUUUUAAACUAAUCUUUUACUUGAUGAGAAAAUUCUAUAUAUUAGAAAGUUCACUAAUGUAAUAAUUUGCUAAAUCUGUUAUCUUCAUUCUCUCCUAUUUACAUUAGGUUUUUAAGAAUUUUUUGUUUGUUUUGCACAUCAUAUCUUCCUCUAGUUUUUGAGCAAAUAAAUCUUUUAAGCUAAACUGAACAUGACCUUUAAACAAAUGGUUACCUAAAACCGUUUAACUGGGUUAUGUCUUUUUGUGAGUCACCUUAGUUUAAAGAAGUUAAACUAAGUGUCAAAACAUUGUGUGGGAAGUGUCAAGAUAUUUGUGGUAGUACUUAUUCUUUAGCUAUGAUGUUUUUCAGAUGAAGAUAAAAAAAAGUGACCAUGAGCUCACAGAACAGGAAACUAGCGCUACUGAUCGGAAAUUUCAGUGAUAUGAAAAGAACGUGUUAGUCUCAGAGCUGGACGUUACGGAGAGACACUCUGUGCUUGUUUUUGAACUUUUAACAUUUAUAAUGACAAAAGUUUUAGGUUUUAUCUUAGUGAUGAAUGCACUUCUCUGCUGCGGACAUGCUGAAGGCGCAAUUCUGACUAUUGAUCCCAACUGGUCGACUUUUCAUCCUGGAGAGAGCGUGACGUUCAUUUGUGACAUGAAUGAAGGCAAAGACACCG